AUGUCGGUUCUUGUAAAUGGUAGUGCCACUAAGGACUUUGUUGUGGAGAAAGGUCUUCGGCAAGGAGAUCCUUUGUCACCUUCUGUGUUCGUUUUAGUCAUGGAGGUACUCAUGGUCUUAUUGAAGAAAUCAAAAGAGAUAGGUAAAUUUCGUGGUUUUAAGAUCAAAGGUGAAAAAGAGGUGGAUUUGUUACAAUUUGUGGACGACACAAUAAUCAUAGCCGAUGGAGAUACCGCAAACUUAUGGAGUAUGAAAUCUAUUCUUAAAGGUUUUGAGUUGAUGUCGGUGGGGUCCUUACCUCUCAAAUUCAUUGGAGUGAGGGUCGGUGAUAAUCCUAGGAAGCUUUCAAUGUGGAAAGAUCUUAUAAUGAUGUUAAGAAAAAGAUUGUCCGUUUGGAGAGGCUUGCAUCUUAGUAUGGUGGGAAGAGUGGUGUUGAUUAACUCGGUUCUUAAUGCAUUUCCGAUUUAUUCGCUUUCCUUUUACAAGGCCCCUAAGAAGGUUUUGAACGAGGUUAGAUCAAUACAGAGCAAGUUUCUUUGGAGUGGAGCCUAUCUAAAAAAAUCGAUUAAUUGGGUGUGUUGGGAUACAGUGUGUAAGUCCCGGGAAGAAGGAGAGGCAAGAUAUGGAAAUACGAAGUUGAAAGUUUUGAUAGGGGAUGUGUCGGUGGUGGAUAAGAAAGACUCUAUUUGGUGGAUAGAUAUAAUCAUUUCGGAUAAUUAUGAGAAUCUUAUUUUUAAUCACAUCGCGGGAGCAAUUAAUUGUAGAGUUGGAAAUGGGGCUAACACUCCCUUGUGGUACGCGUCUUGGACGGGACAAAAACCUUUGAUGGAAGCUUUUCUCGAUCUUUUCUUAUUGGAUGGAAAUUAUUUGGAUGCUAUUAAUAGUGCAGGUACUUUUGUUGGAGGUUGCUGGAAUUGGAAGGUGGAUAAGCUGUUUGCGGCUGGGAGCGAGUCUGCUACUGUCGGGAAGCCUGUGGUGGCCCGUGUCCAUGCGCUGGCAGCUAGUAUUCAGUGA